AUGUCAUGGUUUGGAAGAUCAUCAGGUGCUAAUCCAGCAUCUACUAUAUCUACUGUUGAAUUAGAUAAUAAAAUCUCCGAGGCUACUUCGGAAUCAAUCCCAAAUGGAGAAAUUGAAUUAUCAGUAGCUUUUGAAAUCACUGAUAUUAUACGUGCUAAAAAAGUAACUCCUAAACAAGCAAUGCGAUCAUUAAAGAAAAGAUUAACCUUUGUCUAUAUUAAUCCUAAUUUAAUCAUAUCUACUUUGAAAUUAAUUGAUUUAUGUAUUAAGAAUUGUGGUGCUCCAUUUUUAGUUGAGAUUAGUUCUAAAGAAUUUGUUGAUUAUUUGAUUGAUUUCAUAUUUAAAGUUCAUUAUAAUUUAAAAGAAGUAACCGAUGAAAGUAAAGUGAAAGUUGGUAAUGCCAUUUUAUCUUACUUCCAGAAUUGGAAGAUUAUUUUUGAAGGACAACAAAAAUUGGGUUAUGUUGAAAAGAAAUUUAAUGAAUUGAAGAAUGAAGGAUUUGUAUUUCCAAGUGAUUUUGACAAUAAUGAUCAAGGAUUGUUGUUAAAUAGUACAUUUGUUGAUUCUGAAGUUCCUCCAGAUUGGGUGGAUAGUGAAGAAUGUAUGAUUUGUUAUACUCCAUUUUCAAUGUUGAAUAGAAAGCAUCAUUGUCGUGCUUGUGGUCAAGUGUUUUGUCAAACUCAUUCAAGUAACAAUAUACCAUUGGUUAAUUUAGGAAUAAUGGAGCCAGUAAGAGUUUGUGAUAAUUGUGCUGCAAAACAUGACAAAUCAAAGAAGCUGAAUAACAGACCAAGAACUCUGGGUGAAUCUCGUGACGGUAGGAGAGGAAGUGUUAAUGAAGAUGACGAAGAAGAACAAUUAAGAAAAGCAAUUGAAUUGAGUUUAAGAGAAUCAGGUGGAAGUGCUCCUAUUGUUCCAUCAACCGAUUUCCAACCUCCUUCAGGCCCACCUCCAUCCCAACAACAACAGCAACCAAGUAGAAAUAACACUACUUCUGUGAAUGAUGAAGAUGAAGAUGAUGAGGAUAUGAAAGCUGCUAUUGCUGCAAGUUUACAAGAGUACGAAUCCGAGAAAUCAAGACAGCAAGUUUAUCAGCAACCUCAACAACCGCAGCAACAAGUGGAACCACAACCUGCUCCAAGUGAGCCGGAGCUGGAUUUGUAUAAUAUAUGUUAUGGAUCAACAUCAAAUCAAUAUCAGCAACCACAAUUCACUGCUCCUCAACAAUACUCAGCCCCGCCACAGCAGCAACAAGUACCACAGCAACAACCUCAACAAGUAGCUCCACAACAAACAUCUCCUCAACAGCAGGAUUUAUCACCAGCGGAUGAAGAGCAAAUUAACUUAUUUAUCACCUUGAUGAACAGUAUCAAAAAUGAUCCAAAGAAACAGAACAAUAUUAUGUAUGAUGAGAAUCUCAAUGAAUUGUAUGGUAAAGUUGUUAGAUUGAAGCCGAAGUUGAACAAGUCCUUAAGAAAUUCUAUUGAACGAUACGAAAUCUUUUUGGAAAUGAAUAAUAAAAUAUCUACAAUCACUAGAUUGUAUGAUCAAUUUUUAGAACAAAAAUUAAAUAUGGCUUAUGGAAACCAUACCAUUGGAUCGCAAAUGACUGGUGGUGGUGCUCCGCAACUGGAACCUUAUGCUUAUCCGCAACAAAUGCCAUCUCAGAACACAAACGGUUAUUACAAUGGUCCUCAGAUUACUGGAGCUCCAGCUCAAAACAAUACUGGGUAUCAAAACUAUGCAUCAUAUCCACCACAGGAACCACAACGUACUGGUCCUUCAGUUUCACAACAGCCAACUGGUGUAGAGCAACAACCAACUGGUCUUUCUUCUCCACAAGCUCAAGCUCAACAGCCAUUCCAAAACUACCAACCAACGGGUUCUGAACCCCAACAAUCACGACCUUUCCAAAAUUACCAACCAACUGGUUCAGAAGCACCACAAUCACGUCCGUUCCAGAAUUACCAACCAACUGGAAGUAAUGUAGAGCCAGAACAAGCACGUCCGUUCCAGAAUUACCAACCAACUGGUCAAUUGCAACCAUCUGAACCUAAUUUUGAUGGUGAUGAUUAUGACGAAGAAGAUAUCAAACAAUCGGUGCCGCAAUUUAAACUCAACCAAGAUCAGCAACAGCAAAAACAAAGUACUAGCAAUGAUGUACUGGGUUCUUAUCCUGUUUAUCCUACAACCGAUGUUUUGCCAGCAACACCUAAUUCUGGAAGUGAUACUGAAAAGAAUUAUGUUACAGUAUCAUUACCACAUUACCCACCACCAGAAGAUUUGUCAAAUCAAUUACCACCAGAACAACACUUUAUAAGAAGAGCAUCUAGUGCAUUACCUGCUAAUGCAUAUGAAGAUGCUAGUAUGAAGUAUCCAACAUUAGAGAAUGUAGAAGAGAAUUAUGAAAAGAAACAACAAGAAGAACAAAAAACAGGGGUUCAAAAUCUUCCAAACAUGCCAAGUAUGCCAAAUUUUGAAGAGGAUGGAAAUACACCACCAUCACGUAAACAAGUGCAAAAAAGGAAAAGCUUUGUUGCUGAACCAGAGCCUUUAAUUGAAUUGUAG